GGAGUCGGCCAGGGCUGUGCGUUCCCAAAAUAUGACCAGGGGUGCUUGGAUGUGUAGUCGGCAGUAUGAUGACGGCUUAAAAAUCUGGUUCGCACCCCGGGAGAACGAGAAACCCUUCACGGAUUCAGAGAGGGCUCAGAAAUGGCGACUGUCCCUGGCAUCGCUCUUGUUUUUCACGGUCCUGCUCUCUGAUCACUUGUGGUUCUGCGCCGAGGCCAAAUUCACGGGGACCGGAGAGAAGGAGCAGCCGCCGCCCGAGAAGCCGGAGCCCGCGGAGCCGGAGCUGCUGGCGGGCAUGGGGGAGCCGGCGCCCCCCGCGCCCCGGCUCCUCGCCCCCCCCUCGCCCUCCCUCCCGCCCUCCCCCGGCAGCAGCGGCGGCGGCAGCCGCGGCAGCCGCACCAACGGCACCGAGCCCCGGCACGGCAAGGCUGCUUUCCUGGGGAACUCCACCGCCAGGCCCCCGGAGACGUGCCCCCCCCCGGGCUCCUCGUCCGGGCAGUGCUUCAGCGUGGGCGACGCGGAGGCGGUGUGCCAGCGGCGAGGGGGGUCGGGGCGGCCGCAGGGCACGGGGCACAGUCCGGCGCCCGGCUGGGACCUGACGGAUUUUUACCUUUCCUUUUGUAAUUCCUACACACUUUGGGAGUUGUUCGCCGGGUUGUCCAAUCCGGACACUUUGAACUGCAGUCUGGAUGUGGUGCUGAAGGGGGAAGGCUCCUGCAGCCAGUGCGUCCAGGCUUACCAGCGCUACGACCAGCACGCUCAGGAGAAAUACGAAGAGUUUGAGGUUAUGCUCCAGAAAUAUUUACAGUCGGAUGAGUACUCGGUGAAAUCGUGUCCUGAGGAUUGUAAGACUGUCUACAAAGCCUGGCUCUGUUCCCAGUAUUUUGAGGUCACACAGUUUCACUGCAGCAACAGAAUUCCUUGCAAGCAAUACUGUUUGGAGGUUCAAACGAGGUGUCCCUUUAUAUUACCAGACAAUGAUGAUGUCAUCUAUGGAGGACUAUCAAGUUUCAUCUGUACAGGGCUCUAUGAAAACUAUCCAACCAAUGCAGAACCAGAAUGCUGUGAUGUCAGAUGGGGACUAUUAUCAGAUCAUCAACCCAAAGGGACUAUAAAAACAAGUGGCUCAACAAUGUGUCACAGGACAUCGCUCACAGUUUCAUCAGCAUCAAGACUGUGUAACAGCAGACUUAAACUGUGUGUUCUUGUAUUAAUUCUCUUACAUACAGUACUUACAGUCUCAGCAGCACAGAACUCAACAGGACUGGGCUUUGGAAGCAUAACAACUUUGGAAGAUAAUUCAACCAAUGAGGAAUAAAAGAAAGGAUUCAUCUUACAUGAUAGAAACACAACAGGCCCAAA